UCGACAGCGUUGCGUCUCGCUUGUGACUUCCGGUCACAUGACCGCGCCGAGGCGUCACGUGACUCCUCGCCCCGCCUGGCUGCCAGGCAAGCUAGUGGACGUUAGCUCGCUAGCUUGGCCGCCCCGGAAGCACGCAGACAUGGCGGACACACCCAGCCUCAGCCUCAGCCUCCCUGCGGACCAACACAGCGACUUCCAGGAGCUGGAGGACGCCGAGGACCUGUUCCCGGAGCUGGCGGGCCCUCGGGAGGCAGACCCGGCCCGUCUGGACAUCAGCACCAAGAGCAACGGGCCCAAACAGGACUCCUUCUUUGAAGACGACGCAGACGACCUGUUUGCAGAGGCCACAGAGGAAGUGUCCCUGGACAGUCCAGAGAGGGAAGUCCUGCUGUCUGACGGCCCCUCCCCCGCCAUCACCCCCAUCACGCCGCCAUGCUCCGUCAUCACUCCUCUCAUCGGCCACGCCCAUGACGACAUGUUUACACACUCUUCCUUUGACGAGCAGGUGGAGGUGGAGGGUGGAGGUGAGGUGCACAUCAGUGUGUCGGACCCUGAGAAAGUGGGUGACGGCAUGAACGCCUACAUGGCCUACAAGGUCACCACCAAGACGUCCUCGUCUCUUUUCAGACUGGGCGAGUUCUCGGUCCGGCGGCGUUUCAGCGACUUCCUGGGCCUGCACAGCAAGCUGGCGUCCAAGUACCUCCACGUGGGCUGCAUCGUGCCGCCGGCGCCGGAGAAGAGCAUCGUGGGGAUGACCAAGGUGAAGGUGGGCAAGGAGGACCAGUCGUCCAACGACUUCGUGGAGAAGCGGCGCUUGGCGUUGGAGAGGUACCUGAUGAGGACGGCACAGCACCCUGUCCUCCUCAAGGACCCGGACCUCCUGCAGUUCCUGGAAAGUUGUGAGCUGCCACGCGCCGUCAGCACGCAGGCACUCAGCGGCGCCGGCCUCCUCCGAAUGGUCAACAAAGCUGCCGACGCCGUCAACAAGAUGACCAUCAAGAUGAACGAGUCGGACGCCUGGUUUGAGGAGAAGCAGCAACAUUUUGAGAAUCUGGACGUCCAGCUGAGGAAACUUCACGCCAGCGUGGAGUCGCUGGUGUGUCACAGGAAAGAGUUGUCACUCAACACGGCGCAGUUCGCCAAGUCGACGGCCAUGUUGGGCAACAGCGAGGACCACACGGCGCUGUCCCGCGCUCUGUCGCAGCUGGCGGAGGUGGAGGAGAAGAUGGAGCAGCAGCACCACCAGCAGGCCCACGCCGACUUCUACUUCCUGUCUGAGCUGCUGGGCGACUACGUGCGCCUGCUCGCCGCCGUCAAGGGCGUGUUUGAGCAGCGUGUGAAGACCUGGCAGAGGUGGCAGGACAACCAAGUCCUCCUGCAGAAGAAGAGAGAGGCCCAAGUCAAACUGCACUUCUCCAACAAAGUGCAGCAGGCCAAAGACGACAUCAAAGAGUUGGAGGUGAAAGUCCAACAGGGCGAGCGAGACUUUGAGAAGAUUUCUGGAAGUAUUCGCCGAGAAGUGGGACGCUUUGAGAGGGAACGUGUCAGCGACUUCAAGAAGUUCUUCAUCAAGUACUUGGAGGUCCUCGUGAGUACACAACAACAGGUAAUACAGUGCACACAACAACAGGUAAUACAGUACACACAACAACAGGUAAUACAGUACACACAACAACAGGUAAUACAGUACACACAACAACAGGUAAUACAGUACACACAACAACAGGUAAUACAGUACACACAACAAGUAAUACAGUACACACAACAAGUAAUACAGUACACACAACAGGUAAUACAGCACACACAACAGGUAAUACAGCGCACACAACAAGUAAUACAGUACACACAACAAAUAAUACAGUACACACAACAGGUAAUACAGUACACACAACAGGUAAUACAGUGCACACAACAAGUAAUACAGUACACACAACAAGUAAUACAGUACACACAACAGGUAAUACAGUACACACAACAGGUAAUACAGUGCACACAACAAGUAAUACGGUACACACAACAAGUAAUACAGCACACACAACAGGUAAUACAGCACACACAACAACAGGUAAUACAGUACACACAACAACAGGUAAUACAGUACACACAACAAGUAAUACAGUACACACAACAAGUAAUACAGUACACACAACAGGUAAUACAGCACACACAACAGGUAAUACAGCGCACACAACAAGUAAUACAGUACACACAACAAAUAAUACAGUACACACAACAGGUAAUACAGUACACACAACAGGUAAUACAGUGCACACAACAAGUAAUACAGUACACACAACAAGUAAUACAGUACACACAACAGGUAAUACAGCACACACAACAACAGGUAAUACAGUACACACAACAACAGGUAAUACAGUACAUACAACAACAGGUAAUACAGUACACACAACAACAGGUAAUACAGUACACACAACAACAGUAUAAUAUAAUAUAAUAAAGUACAACAACAAGUAAUAAAGUACAACAACAAGUAAUACAGUACAACAGGUAAUAAAGUACACAACAACAACCACAAGUAAUAGAGUACAACAACAAGUAAUAGAGUACAACAGCAAGUAAUAGAGUACAACACCAGGUAAUACAGUACAACAAGUAAUACAGUACACAACAACAACAAAUAAGUACAACAACAAGUAAUACAGUACACAACAACAAGUAAUACAGUACAACAACAGGUAAUACAGUACAACAACAGGUAAUAGAGUACAACAACAAGUAAUACAGUACAACAACAAGUAAUACAGUACAACAGGUAAUACAGUACAACAACAGGUAAUAGAGUACAACAACAAGUAAUACAGUACAACAACAAGUAAUACAUUACACACAACAACAACAACAACAAGUAAUACAGUACACACGAAAAGUAAUACAGUACACACAACAACAAGUAAUACAGUACACAACAACAACAAGUAAUACAGUACACAACAACAACAAGUAAUAGAGUACAACAACAGGUAAUACAGUACACACAACAAGUAAUACAGUACACACAACAAGUAAUACAUUACACACAACAACAACAAGUAAUACAGUACAACAACAGGUAAUACAGUACAACUAGCGUUUAGGUAAUAGAAUACUACAACAAGUAAUAGAGUACAACAAUAAGUAAUACAGUACAACAACAAGUAAUAGAGUACAACAACAGUUAACACAGUACAACUACAGGUAAUAGAGUACAACAACAAGUAAUAGAGUACAACAACAGGUAAUACAGUACAACUGCAGGUAAUAGAGUACAACAACAAGUAAUAGAGUACAACAACAGGUAAUACAGUACAACUGCAGGUAAUAGAGUACAACAACAAGUAAUAGAGUACAACAACAGGUAAUACAGUACAACAGGUAAUACAGUACAACAACAAGUAAUAGAGUACAACAACAAGUAAUAAAGUACAACAACAGGUAAUACAGUACAACUACAGGUAAUAGAGUACAACAAGUAAUAAAGUACAACAACAAGUAAUAAAGUACAACAACAAUUAAUACAGUACAACUACAGGUAAUAGAGUACAACAACAAGUAAUUGAGUACAACUACAGGUAAUAGAGUACAACAACAGGUAAUAGAGUACAACAACAAGUAAUACAGUACAACAACAGGUAAUAGAGUACAACAACAGGUAAUACAGUACACAACAACAGGUAAUACAGUACAACAACAAGUAGUACAGUACAAAAACAGUUAACACAGUACAACUACAGGUAAUAGAGUACAACAACAAGUAAUUGAGUACAACUACAGGUAAUAGAGUACAACAACAGGUAAUAGAGUACAACAACAAGUAAUACAGUACAACAACAGGUAAUAGAGUACAACAACAGGUAAUACAGUACACAACAACAGGUAAUACAGUACAACAACAAGUAAUACAGUACAAAAACAGUUAACACAGUACAAUUACAGGUAAUAGAGUACAACAACAAGUAAUAGAGUACAACAACAGGUAAUACAGUACAACAGGUAAUACAGUACAACAACAAGUAAUAGAGUACAACAACAAGUAAUAAAGUACAACAACAAGUAAUAAAGUACAACAACAGGUAAUACAGUACAACUACAGGUAAUACAGUACAACAACAAGUAAUAAAGUACAACAACAAGUAAUAAAGUGCAACAACAAUUAAUACAGUACAACUACAGGUAAUAGAGUACAACAACAGGUAAUAGAGUACAAGUACAGGUAAUAGAGUACAACAACAAGUAAUAGAGUACAACAACAAGUAAUAAAUUACACAGGUGACUAGAAAGUAGUUGAUGACACAAACGUCGUACAGGUCAUCAAAUACUGGGAGGCCUUCUUACCAGAAGCCAAGGCCAUCUCUUAAACACAGCGACCCACAAUGCACCUGGGCACUUCAGCACUUCCUGUCGGCCUCUUCUUCCUGCUCACAAGAUGGCCGCCCUUUGAUUCCUGUCACCUGACCAAGGUGGAGAAGGCCCCGCCCACUGAUGACAUCAUUGUAAAGCUAGCGUGCUAGCCCACUUGGAGAAUGCUAACUAGCUAGCGUUAGAAUCAUUGCUGCUAGCAUGACAUGCUAACACUCUGUUAGCUCUUCUUUUACUUUUUCUACUUUUAGUUUUACUUUAAGUUUUACUUUUAGUUCUACUUUUAGUUCUACUUUUAGUUUUACUUUUAGUUCCACUUUUAGUUUUACUUUUAGUUUUACUUUUAGUUCUACUUUUAGUUUUACUUUUAGUUCUACUUUUAGUUUUACUUUUAGUUCUACUUUUAGUUCUACUUUUAGUUUAACUUUUAGUCCUACUUUUAGUUCUACUUUUAGUUUUACUUUUAGUUCUACUUUUAGUUUAACUUUUAGUCCUACUUUUAGUUCUACUUUUAGUUUUACUUUUAGUUCUACUUUUAGUUUUACUUUUAGUUCCACUUUUAGUUUUACU